AUGGCGAUGAAUCUCGACCUCUCCAACGCGUCGGUGAUUCAGGAUGAACAGGGCCGGCCGUUUAUCGUGGUCAGAGACCAAGGAAAGAAGCGGCGGCAGUUUGGCAACGAGGCCGUCAAAUCCCACAUCCUCGCCGCGCGGACAGUCGCCAACAUCGUCAAGUCGUCGCUCGGCCCGCGCGGCCUCGACAAGAUCCUCAUCUCGCCCGAUGGCGACAUCACCGUCACCAACGACGGCGCCACGAUCCUGCAGCAGAUGGAGGUCACAAACCACGUGGCCAAGCUGCUGGUCGAGCUCUCCAAGUCCCAGGACGACGAGAUUGGCGACGGCACGACCGGCGUCGUUGUGCUGGCCGGCGCCCUGCUCGAGCAGGCGGCCGAGCUGAUCGACAAGGGCAUCCACCCGAUCCGCAUCGCCGACGGCUACGACCAGGCGUGCGACAUUGCCGUGGCCGAGCUCGACAAGAUCGCCGACGUGCUGCCCUUCGGCCCCGGCGACGUCACCAACCUCACCAAGGUCGCCCGCACCAGUCUGGGCUCCAAGAUUGUCUCCAAGGCGCACGACCAGUUUGCCAAGAUUGCCGUCGACGCCGUCAUGUCGGUCGCGGACCUCGAGCGCAAGGACGUCGACUUUGAGCUCAUCAAGGUCGACGGCAAGGUCGGCGGCGCCCUCGAGGACUCGCUGCUCGUCAAGGGCGUCAUCGUCGACAAGGACUUCUCCCACCCGCAGAUGCCCUCGGAGGUCCACGACGCCAAGAUGGCCAUCCUGACGUGCGCCUUUGAGCCGCCCAAGCCCAAGACGAAGCACAAGCUCGACAUCACGUCCGUCGAGGAGUUCCGCAAGCUGCAAAACUACGAGCACGAGAAGUUUGUCGAGAUGAUCCAGCAGAUCAAGGACACCGGCGCCAACCUGGUCGUCUGCCAGUGGGGCUUCGACGACGAGGCCAACCACCUGCUGCUGCAGAACCAGCUGCCCGCCGUGCGCUGGGUCGGCGGCCCGGAGAUUGAGCUGAUUGCCAUUGCCACCAACGGCCGCAUCGUGCCGCGCUUCGAAGACCUGACGGCCGAGAAGCUCGGCACCGCCGGCGUCGUCCGCGAGAUGACCUUUGGCACCACCCGCGAGAAGAUGCUCGUCAUCGAGGAGUGCGCCAACACCCGCGCCGUCACCGUCUUUGUCCGCGGCAGCAACAAGAUGAUCAUCGACGAGGCCAAGCGCUCCCUGCACGACGCCCUGUGCGUCGUCCGCAACCUCGUCCGCGACAACCGCGUCGUCUACGGCGGCGGCUCCGCCGAGAUUGCCUGCUCGCUCGCCGUCGAGGACGCUGCCGUCCAGACCCCCGGCCUCGAGCAGUACGCCAUGCGCGCCUUUGCCGAGGCCCUCGACGCCAUCCCCAUGGCCCUGGCCGAGAACUCGGGCCUCAACCCCAUUGCCACCCUGGCCGAGGUCAAGAGCCAGCAGAUCAAGGCACAGGGCGGCGCCGCCCGCGGCCGCCUGGGCGUCGACUGCAUGGGCGUCGGCUCCAACGACAUGAAGGAGGCCUUUGUGAUCGACCCGCUCAUUGGCAAGAAGCAGCAGCUGAUGCUGGCCACCCAGCUGUGCCGGAUGGUGCUCAAGGUGAACAACGUCAUCAUCAGCGGCUCGGGCGAGGACGACUUUUAG